AUGGCAGACCUCGACCACUUCGACCUCCUCCCCAUACACAUGGACGCCCAGUCCAAGGCCAUCAAGGCAACCAAGCAGUCGCGCGCCCUCAACGCCGAGCUCGAGGCCCUCAACACCCUCCACCGCGCGCUCCUCAACGUCGACAGCUCCUCCAACGGCGUCCCCCCGCCGCCCAUCCCCGUCAACCCCAAGCGCACCGGGCAGGUCAACAAGCUCCGCGACAACGGCAACGCCGAGUACCGCAAGGGCAAGUACGCCGACGCAGUGCGCCUGUACUCGCUCGGGAUCCAGAUGGCGCUGCAGCGGCCGCUCUGGGAGCCCGCCGCCCUGGUGAGGGAGGAAGUGUCGGGCCUGCUGGCAAACAGGGCCCAGGCGCACAUGGCGACGCAGAACUGGCCCGAGGGGGCGGUGGACGCCGAGGCAAGCGUCGAGGCGAGACGCGUGGGCAACGCAAAGGCCUGGUGGAGGAGGGGCAAGUGUCUCAUGGAGAUGGGCAGGCUGGAGGAGGCAAGGGACUGGGUGAGGCAGGGGCUGGAGGUGGAGGGCGAGGAGGGCGAGUUGGUGUCGCUGCUGAAGGAGAUUGAGGCACUGGUUGAGAAGCGCAAGGCUCGCUAG